AUGGCAUCGGAAACUAUAUCGAGCGCUGAGCUCGAGUGUUUACCAGACCGUAUUGCGGACACCUUCUCCGGCAUGAAGGUCCUCAUCACUGGAGGAACUGGCUUCAUGGGGAAGGUCCUCGUCGAGAAACUGCUCAGAAAAUGUCCCGACAUCGAUCAAAUACUUCUGUUCGUGAGAUCCAAAAAGGGCAAAAAUCCAAAACAAAGGUUGGAGGAAAUCUUCAGUGGCGCUCUCUUCGAAAAAUUGAGAGAGAUGAGAGGUGGAGUGGAACCCCUCCUGGAGAAGGUGACCCUCAUCAAUGGAGACGUAUCAGAACCAGAUCUGGCGAUGAGUCCCGAGGACAGGCAGAUGAUCAUCGAUCAAGUUGACAUCAUCAUCCACGCUGCGGCUACCAUCAGGUUCGAUGAAGAGCUGAAAAAGGCUGUUCUUCUAAACGUGAGAGGUACCAAGCUGAUGGUGGAACUGGGGAAGGCUUGCAAGAAUUUGAAGGUAUUCAUCCACAUCUCGACGGCUUACUGCCACCUGCACGAGAAACUCCUGGAGGAGAAGGCGUAUUCUCCACCAGCCGACCCUCAUCAGAUCAUCCAGGCGGUGGAGUGGAUGGACGAGGAGACCAUUGCUACUAUGACGCCCAAACUACUGAACAAGCUGCCGAACUCCUAUGCCUUCACGAAGGCUCUCGCUGAAGCCCUCGUCGUGGAAGCCAUGGAGAAAGCCAACCUGCCUGCCAUGGUGCUCCGACCUUCGAUUGUAAUUCCAAUCUGGCAAGAGCCUGUUCCAGGCUGGACUGAUAACAUUAACGGACCCACUGGAUUGCUUAUUGGAGCUGGCAAAGGUGUGAUCAGAUCAAUGUACUGCAAAAGUAACAGCUAUGCUGAUUACCUGCCUGUCGACGUUUUUAUAAACGGGAUCAUGAUAGUAGCUUGGAAUUAUUUGAAGAAUGGAGACAAAAAGUGCAAUAUAAUAAACUUCACAUCAUCAGCUGAGAUCAAGGUCACCUGGUCUGAGAUGAUAGAUGCUGGGAGGGAGAUCAUCAUGAACAGGGUGCCUUUGAAUGGAGUUGUGUGGUACCCAGGCGGUUCAAUGAAGCAUUCCAGACUAUACCAUAACAUCUGCGUGUUCUUUUUCCACUGGAUCCCAGCCUUCAUCAUCGACACAUUACUCUUCUGUCUAGGAUAUAAGCCAGUACUAUGUCGUGUACAGCGCCGUAUCACCAAAGGUUUUGAAGUAUUUGAGUACUACACGAACAACCAAUGGGACUUCAAGUCUGACAUCGCACAGACAUUGAGACAGAAACUCAAUGCAAAAGAGAGACGGGACUAUAAAGUCGACGCUGUGGGUCUGGACAUCUCGAAAUAUUUUGAAGACUGCAUCAGAGCCGCUCGGGUCUUCAUUCUGAAGGAGUAUGAUGACACCCUGCCAGCUGCUAGAAGACAUAUGAGAAUAAUGUACUGGGUCGACGUGAUAGUCAACUGCCUGUUCUGGGGUUUCCUGCUGUACUGGCUCAGCGGAUGGAUGACCACAUCCAAAGCCAUCGUCCCUGACACCGCCACACCCACUGUCAUAGCCAUGGACGCAUAA